AAAAAAAACGUUUAUUUUAAUAUUUUUAUUAAACUUGAUUUACUAUUUACCAGAUAAACCCGCUAUUAACAGUAAAGAAAGAAGAAUGAUAUAAUGGCGUACAGUAAGAUCAGAGAGCUUUAUGAGAGACACUUCACAUCAGUGCUGUAUGAUAGAGAGAAAGUGUUGAAGAUUGACAGCUGUUUAUCAGAAGAGAAACUCAAGCAGAAUGAUUAUGAUGAAUACAGACGCAUCUGUGAUGCUCAGUCUUAUUCUGAUCAGAUGAUGAUCUCUACAGGAGAGAAACUCCACAUGGAGAGGGAGACGCUGUACAACCAUAACAGACACGAAGAUUCUCCAGCAGGACAACAGCUCGAUUCGAGGAGUUAUGCUAGAAGAUCCUCCCUAUCUAGUGAUCACUACAAUCCUUCUAGAUCUGACAGCAUCUUCAUACAAAACCAGAAGCUCUUCCCCGACCUCAGCAGCAUCACAUCAGAGAAACACAAUCAUCUCACUGGAGGAUCUGAAGACGCUUCUACAGAGGCCAACAAGAUGUGUUUUUCAGAUCUGGAUGAGAUUCCAGGUUUAGAUGGAGAACUAGAAGAACCCGUUGAGACUCCAGAAGAAGAUUGGGCUGAAGCCAUCACUGCCAAAGCUCUGGACAUGAAGAAGUUGUACAAACAGGACUGUGAGACUUUUGGACUCGUGGUGAAGAUGCUGAUUUACAAAGAUACGACCCUUGAACAGAAACUUCUGACCACAAUGAAGAAGAUUCUGAUUGAUCUCAAAAAAGAAAAUCUGCAGGAGCUUCAGCACUUCAUCUCUGAUGUGACUGCACCGCUGAAACCUGAAGAAAUUAUCAAACUUUACCAUAAUAUCACCAGCAGACACCAGCAAUAAACACACAACACUUCUGUUCUUUACUCAGUUGUUAUGUUAGUACAACUUCAUAGUUUAAGCUUUAAGUUUUAAUAUCUAACUAAUUUCACAUUUUCAAAGUGUUGCAUUGUUUUCCUGUUAAUUGAUUU